CCAGGGCUCCUUCCGAGGCCGCCGGGCAUCCCCUCCAAGCCCCGAGCGGCGGUGUCAGCAGUGAGGCUGCCGGGGAUCUUUUCCCUCUCGUCCUACCUGCUUGCCCAUAUGUUUUGGACUCCAGUUCCCAUCGCGCUUGACUUCUGUGGCUGGCUGGCUGGCUGGCUGGCGGGGAUUGUGUUGGAAACCUUUUUGGGUUGCAAUGCCUCACAUCUGUUUUUGGUCCUCCAUUGUGACAAAGCUGAAUUUGGUGGUCUUGCUGCUUUUUAUAACAAGUUUCUCUUCGUGCUUGAAUGACAGGGUUGCAGAAUUUGCUUUGACAAAAAAAGAAGAGGGUGAUUUAAAAGAACCAAACAAGGAAGAAUUGGAGGUGAUCGAGGAGGAAGAAGAGGUUCUUGAUUCUGAAGACUUGGAAGUUUUUUAUCCAACAAAUCAGUGGCAGACUAUCAGGCCAGGUCAAGCUAUUCCUCCAGGAUUACAUGUACAAUUAAAUCUUCAGACUGGAGAAAAAUUAGCCAAACUUCCAGAUGACUACAAAGAAAAAAGUGACACACAAGACUCUCUGAAAAGUAAAAGGCUAGGCCAAAUAGAUGUUGACCCAAAUUCAUUCACAACGCAAGAACUCAAAAGGGCCUUGGCUAAAAUGAAAGAAACCAAGAAGGCAGAUGAUACGCCAGAAGAAAAGGCUCACCAGGAAGACAUCCGACGCAGAUUCCGUCCCAUUGAAAAGCUAAAGGAAGAAUUCAGGGAGCUCAAUCUGCAGCUGGAAACCGACCUUGAAAUUAUGCUUAAACUAAUCAACAAAUUCAACAAUUCAGCUUCAACGCUUGAGGAGAAAAUCACAGCACUUUCUGAUCUUGAGUACUAUGUCCAUCAGGUGGAUAAUGCGAAAGAUUUGCUUUCCCUUGGUGGCUUGCAACUUUUGAUUAAUGGGCUGAACAGCAGUGAACCCCUGAUGAAAGAAUAUGCCUCUUUUGUAUUGGGAGCUGCACUGUCCAGCAACCCCAGAGUGCAAGUUGCAGCAAUUCAAGGAGGUGCUUUGCAAAAAUUGCUGGUUAUUUUGGCCACAGAUCAGUCCUUGGCAGUAAAGAAAAAGGUACGGGGGGGGGGGGAGGAAAACAUGUAGAAUUGAAUAU